AUGUGCACCCCUCUUUACCCCUCUCGUCCUCCCUCAACCGCUCGUCACCCGUUUGAACCUCUGCAGUGUCAAUUCAAGCAGGGCAACCCCGACGGGCCCAUAGAGCAGCGCUGCUACGUGUGCAACGAAGUGGGUCACAUCGCCCGCGACUGCCCCGCCAAAACACCCCUCGGCGCCCCCAUCGGAGCCAUAGGCUCGGGCCGAGCCGGGCCCGGGCCGGGAUUUCCGCCGGGGAUUGCGGCGUUUGGGGCGCCGAUAGGGACGGGGUUUCCGCCGCAGGUGGUGCGGCCGGUGGGAGACGGGUGCUAUGAGUGCGGCGAGCCGGGGCACUUCGCCCGAGAGUGCCCUUCCCGGUCGCGGCGCUUUGCGGAACGGGCAGCGGCGGCGGCGGGGGCAGCGGGGAUUGCAGUGGCGGGGACGGGGGCAGAGGGGCGGCGCAUAGCUUCCAAGGCAAGUGGGAGGGCGGCAGAGGAGGCGCUUAAUAAUGAGCUGGAGACGUACAUGAAGGUACACUCGGUCUAG